AUGAAUCAAGCAUCCAAUAGCCAACAACAAAUAUCCCAAAAUUCUAAUGGGCCACAGAAUGGUGGCCGAAGCCAAAUGCUCUUAAACAUUGGUAGGCAACUAUCAAACCGUCAAGAAACUACCAGUACAUUCAAUUCUGAUCAACGAUACGAAGAUUUAGUCAACGGUGCAAAUCCUUUUAAUGAAUUGCAAAGUGCAGAAAUUUUUACAGAGAAUACUCAGUAA